AUGAACUAAUAAAAAAGUCGAAUUUUAUGUGAUAAUGAAAUACAAAGCAUUUAUGAGUCACUUCAAACAAAUUUAAAGUUGAUGACAGAAUGUUUGAAAUACAAUAAAGCAUUGAUGAAGGUUCUAAUCUUAUUAUAAUUUUAAGGACUUUGGUAAGGCAACUUGUGAAUAUGGUGAAAAAAUAGAAGAUCUUUCAAAAAGAACCAUUAAGGAUAUGAUGAAAAUCAAUACGAAUUAAAUACUAAAGGAAAUGAGUGGAUAGGUAUUACAAAUUAUUAAGUUUGAAUAGAUAAAAAUAAUUGGUUCAUAAAUUAUAGGAACAUCAUAAGGGAUAAAAUAAUUGAUGAAUCCAAUGUUAGAAGAAGGUAAAUCUUUAAAGUAAUCAUAUAACGAUUAUGUUAAAUAAAUAAAUUAAAGAAAAAAGGAUCAAGAAGAACAAUUUAAGAAAUUAGAUGAAUUAAAGACUAAAUUAAUAGUCCAUUAAACUUCGGUGUCUCCUAUUGAGAAAUAAAUGACAGCUUAAUAUAGACAAAUGAAAUAAUAAGAAUAAAUGAUGGUAGAAGAACAAAAACUUAAACAUAUGUAUGUCGUAUAAUGCAAAUAAGAUUUAAACAAUUUUAUAAUUGAAGAAGAUUAAAUUAUUAAAAAAAAAAUCAAUUAAAUAACAAUAAAAUGUUAUGAAUUAGUAAGUUUGUGUUUAGAAGAAUACAAUAAAAAGUUUAAGGAUAUUGCAAAAGUUAAACAAUUGAUUGAUUAUUCUAUAAAACUUUAAGAUAGAUCUUCUUCUAAAAGAAGUAUAACACCAUAAUAAACCUAAAUAUUGUCAUAAUGUUCUUCUCAAAAUGGAUUUAGUUAAAGAUCUCGAUCACCUUGUACUUAAUAAUAAGGAUUGGAUAGAACUAGAGAAAUGAAUUAUUCUAAGAAGGAUAUUUCAACAACAACUAAAAGUAAUUAUAGUUAAAGGGAAUGUCUUCAAACAAAUGAUCAUAGCAGAGAGGUUUUGAGAUGUACAAGAAAUUAGAGUAGAAAUUAUAAAAAACAAGAGGAAGAUUUUAAUUAAUCAGAAUCAGAGAUAUUUUAGGAAUUCUUGAAUUAAAAUUAUGGUAGUAACAAAAGUAUAGGAUAGAUUAAGUAAAAGAGUUUUAUAAAAGAGAAUUUAAGUGAGAUGAUAUCACAAAUUCCGAAAUCAAAGAGAAAAAGUGAUAGUAGAAGAAGAACAAGGGAAAGAAACAAUUUGGAUGAUGACGAAUAUAUUUGA